UUGUUUUGAGCAAGUGGAUUUAUUUUCAUUGCUAUCGUACAAUCAUUUGCACAGCAACGCAUUUUCUAAAAUAACAACUCGUUUUAGCCUUAAAAUUCAUCAACAUUGUGUUUAAAUCGAUAAGAGUGCUAGUGCACGCAAUCUCCAUAUUGAGCUAAAGCAACGCAGUCUUUGUGCGUAGAACGCUUGUCAAACGCAGUGAUGUCACGCAACUUAAACAAUCCACCUGGUGGUAAUCGUGAUUAUGGUGCUACUUCAAGCAGCACCAACGCUAUAAUGCCCGAUGUUAACUUUUCGGGUUUCAGCCCCACUGAGUUUAUGUCGCUGAGUGAGGAUAUUGGACAAAAUAUCAAUGCCGUGAAUUCGAGCUCCAGACAAUUGGAGAAAAUUCUCAAGGUAAUUGGUACGCGUCGGGAACAACAGGCGACACGUAACAAAGUGCAUAAUAUACAUGCGGAAGCUAAUACGCGCAUUGAGGCGACCAGUCGUGACUUACAACGUCUAACAUCUGUAGUCGGACGAGGUGAUAAACAGCAAAAGUUGCAACUUGAAAAAUUAACGAAUGAUUUCAAAAAUUUGGUGGAGAAAUACUCGUCUGUGCAGAAGCGCAUUACUGCGGCGAUGCGCCAGAGUAUUGAACAGCUAGGACAGCAACAGGAUGAACAGGCAGAAGCAGAUCGUGCAGAAUUUUUGCAACAGCAGGCUCAAAUAACGGCAGGUUUACAAUUUGAGCAAGAUAGGUUGAUGGACCGGGACCGUCAGCUGCGACAGAUUGAAGCUGAUGUGCUGGAUGUAAAUGCGGUUAUGCGAAAAAUAUACGAUAUUGUACAAACACAGGCCGAUCAAGUGGAUCAUAUCGAAAAUAGUGUUGAGAAUGCCGCAACCGAUGUUGAAUUGGGUCGCGAAGAACUGGCUAAAGCUGCGCAGUAUCGUCGUAGUUAUCGUCGCAAAAUUCUAAUACUUCUAGCGAUCGCUGUGAUAAUAGGAUUAAUUGUGACGGGUAUUAUCGUCGCAAAGAUAACUAGUUAAUUUGUUAUUUGUAUAUGUUUCUGCGUUGAUGUAUUUAAAACUAAAUAGUAUGUUAUUGAAAUAUAGUCUGUAAUGACUAUUUUUUUGACAAACAAUGCGUUCCAAAGCGCGCACAAACGAAUAGGAUUAUGCACUCCUUCAGGAAGUGAAUGGACAUUCAUAUUUUUUAUUAAUAUGUAAUAAAUGUAUGUUUAGUAGAGUUAAUAAUGAAGAGGCACGUAUAGACAUUUAAAAGGAUACGCGAAAUAAAUACUACAAAAAACUUAAAUAUAUAAUAUAUUAUGUUUAACCAGUAAAUAAACCAACUACAUAUAUCGCUUUAAAA